CACAGUGGCAAAUUCCAGCAAGACCACAGAGACCAUGAAGAUCCCUCACCUGACCUCUGCUGUGUUGCUUUUUAUCACCUUCCUGCUUCUCCAGCUCACACAGCAGGUGGAGGCGGAGCGUGUAGAAGACACAAAGUUAAGGGGAGUGACCUCAUCACACAGGGCAGCACAGACUCACGGACGCUUUGCUGGGCAAACACCCACCAUCCAAGUCUCUCUGCGCUGGGUCCUGCGCUGCCCAGGGCACCAUGGACCAAGGGAACACGACUCUCCCAUCAACCACUCAGGAGAGUUCCAGUCAGCCCCCAGCAGCAGUGAACACCGCUCACCUGGCCUCUGCAGUGUUGCUCUUCCCCACCUUCCUGGUGGGUGUGGUGGGGAACGGGCUGUACCUAUGGGUGCUGGGGCUGAGGAUGAGGAGGACGGUGACCACCCUCUGGUUCCUCUCCCUGAUCUCCUGCAACCUCCUCUUCACCCUGAUGACCCCCUUCUUCAUCGUCUACCUCCUCAUGGAUUUACACUGGGUCUUCGGCACAGCCAUGUGCAAGCUCCUCUAUACCUUCAUCUCUGUGGAUAUGUUCACUUCUGCCUUCCUUCUCACCCUCCUCAGCCUGGACCGCUACAUCCUCACUCACCAUCCCAUCUGGUCCCGGAAUCACCGCACCCUCCCCCGCGCUGGGAAGCUGAUUGUGGGUGUGUGGCUGGCCUCCUUCGGUCUCAGCACUCCCUACCUGGCUUUCCGGGAGACCCGUGAGGUGGAUGGGGGCAGGAUCAUCUGCAUCAGUAAUUACACCCUCUCCAGAGACUGGAAUGGAUCCGAGAUGCGGGAACUGGGCAGACAGGUCCACCAGGCUUUCUUCAUGGUUGAGUUCCUGCUGGGCUUCCUGCUGCCCUUCUGCACCAUCAUGGGAUGCUAUGUCCGCGUUGGGCUGAAGAUGAAAGAGAAGAAGCUGGUGUGGGCAGGGAAACCCUUCAAAGUCAUAGUGAUCGCGGUGGUUUCCUUUUUCCUCGGCUGGCUGCCCUACCACCUCUACUAUGGAUUGAAGCUCUACAAGGAGGAGACAGAGUUAGUGAGAGGCCCCCUCUUGAUCAUUUACAUCUUGUCAUGCAGCUUCAACACCUGCUUCACCCCCAUCCUCUAUCUCUUUAUGGGGGAGAAGUUUUGGCAGGUCUUCAGGACGUCUCUUGUCACUCUAGUCAAGGCGGGUUUUGCUGACGAUCUUGGCUGCAGUGGCCCCGAGUCUAGUGGAAGACAUGGGUCAGAAGCUGAGAACACAAAACAAGGUGGUCAGACUUAGGGAGAGUUGAAAACUUGACAUUCUCUUUGUCCCUAGAUUCCUGAUGGUUCUAAAUCCUAAUGGGUUCCAAGCAUCUAACUGUUCAUGAACCCUGUAAUGUUCCUGGAUUCUAGAUUCCCUCCUCUCUCUAGAAUCCCAUGCAUUCUAGGUCACUCAAUUUUUUCAAACUCAAUUUGUCCUCAAUGGCACCAGAUCAGUAGCCAGCCUCAGAAUCUUGUUUGUUUUAGAUCUCUCAAUGUGUUCUCACCUAAUUGAUUCUCUUGGAUUCUGCAUCACUAGCUGGUUCUGGAAUCUCCUUUAUUGGAAGCCUCUUAAUGUGUUCAAACUCAAAGUCUAAGAGUUCUAGAUUCCCAACUGGAUCUAGGACAUCAUUGGAUUCUAAACUGCUUUCAAACCCCAUAGAAUCCAACAGGUUCCAGAUUGUUUGCUAAAAGUCUCAAUGGGGUUCUAGAUUUCCAAAUGGUUUACAAUCCAUUAGGUGUGGUAUAUUAUAUAAGGGUCUAGUAUCAGGGGGUAGCUGUGUUAGUCUAGAUCUGUAAAAGCAGCAAAGAGUCCUGUGGCACCUUAUAGACUAACAGACGUUUUGGAGCAUGAGCUUUUGUGGGUGAAUACCCGCUUCGUCAAAGGGUCUGUAUAUUGCUAUAGUGAUAUCUAGAUCUUCUUUAGUGCUUGUCAUGAGUAGAUCUCAAAGAACUUUAGCAAGGAGGUCAGUGGCAGUCUUCCAGUUUUCACAAAUGGGGAAACUGAGGCACGGAGUGGGGAAGUGACUUUGCCAAGGUCAUCCAAUAGAACCUUUGGUCCAUCCAGUGGCACAACUCGGAACAAACCCAUGUCAACUGUGUCCCAGCCCAGGUCUCUGUCCAUGGAUCCCCUUAGAUUGUGAGCUGUCUGGGACAGACACUGUGUUUUUGCGCUGUGUUUUGUGAGGUCCUGAGCCAGGAUUUGGGGUUCCCAGUGCUACCAAAAUAAAAGAUAAUAAUAAAUAAUAAUUCCCAGGCAUUCCUUGAACUACAUACAUUCUGUAAGUUUUCUGUGGUGGCUCUGACAUAAUUUACAAACACUGUGUGACCCACUCACUGGGAUAUUUAGUGUGGAGAGUCUCUGCCUUAGUUUAAGAGUGACCAGUCAGGAAAAGAAGCCAGGAGAAUGAAGAGCGAAGAGCAAAGAAACCACCUGCCCAUGAACAUUCAGGGUGGUGAAGAGGUAACAUCCAAGCUAGUAACUGUAUUGCUGUAUGGAAUGUGGAUGACCAUUCAUAAUAUUAUGGAUACCAAUAUUAUGAAAUUGCAUGAAUUAUACCAGAUAUGCCACGUAAGAUAUUAGUGGUAAUAUAUGAUUUUCUAAAUAUAGUAAGUUUGUUUAUAUGUAUGUGUGAUAUAUGUAGUGUGAGUUAUAAAUAUGUGUGGUAUAUUGAUAGUGUGCUGUGUAUCUGGGUGAAACCCCCAGAUAGAUUGGCAUUAGCACUGCCUAGACUGUUGGAUGACUCAUCAAGGGAAAUCAAUUGUACAAUAAACCCACUGACAGAAGCCAGGCACUAUGCAUUUGAGUCAGCAGGACUUGUUGGGACAUGCCUGUGGACAGGAGACUCCUAGAGCUUUUCCGUACCUGCAUGCUGGGACCUUGUGUUUGGGACAGAGGAUGUACCCAGGAUAGAAGAUGGCAGAUGCACCUUCUCCAUUUUGUCUUCAAUCAUGCUUUCAACUCUGGAGUAACUUCUCUACAAACUGCACCUCUGAACAAAGGACUGAAUGACCAAUCCAAGCUUUGGGUGUGUUCCAGGGGGACUUUACAAGCCAGCAAAUUGACCACUGAUAAAUAGGCUUUGAAGUCUCUGUGUGUAUCUGAUUGCUUCGACCAUUUAACUCUCUGCUUCUUCUUUUUUUUCUGUUUACAGUAAAACCUUUGGUUUUAGAUGUUAAAGGAUUUGCUGGCAACAUGGAAUUUUGGGGGUAAAACCCAAACCAGUAUUGAUCUGGAAAUGUGGCUGG